AUGAUGCACGCUACUGGGAGCGGCCAGGGAGCGCAGAUAGCGCUGCUACUGCUGCUGGUGGUACUUGGUAACCUGCUGCAGGUAAGCACUGGCGAACUGGCAGCCGAUCUGGGCGUUAAUCAAAAGCUCACCGCGGCAUCGACUAUAGCGACAGCAGCGCAAAACAUGAGGGUAACCUUUGAUGAUCUCGAUGCGUACAACACUCCGAUUGUCAACGACUAUCCGCCGAUGGUUCUAAUAAAAACGGCCAUCACCAACAUUACCGUCCGUAUCGCCGCCAGCGGUAUGGUUCUGGGCGAUGAAGUAGUGUCGCUAACCCUGAACAGUUCAAACGAUGUCUACGGUGCAUUCGCACCGGUCUUCCGGGACAUCGACAGUCUUCGCAAACUGCUGCAAACUGGACUUUCCGUACCGAUGAGCGCAAUCGCUUCGCUAAACAACGUUACGCACGACAAGCUGAACAUCAACUAUGGGGAUUUACUUACACGGCUCACUACGCUCAAUACUACGCUCGAUGUCCUGAGUAGGGGGCUGGCAGCGGCCCGCAGCAUAUCUGGAUCCUCGCCGACCGUUGUCGUACCCUUAGCCAACAUUAACAAGUUCGUCACUCCCGUAAUGUACACCGAUGUGAAGAAUGCACUGUUGGCGAUUAAAGCGACCCUCGGGUCCACGAUCAACAUCGCCCAGGAGCUGAUAGGCAAUAUCGCGGAUGCCGACGAUUUCAUCACUAGCAUCAGUACAGGGGCGAUAUUUGAAAUGGAUAUUAUGGCUUCCAUCGAUCUGUCGUUUCAAGAGGAAAUGGUCAAUAUUGGGGCCAAUAUUGGGUUUGCAGUAACGGAUAUGGUCGAUCAGCUGUACACUCCGCAAACCGAUAUUCUCAGCACGAACCAGAGCGAUCUGGAAGCCAUCAGUACCUACAACACAAGCAUGCAGCCUACGCUCACAGCGCUCAACACAUCGCUGAACAACGUGUACGAUUACGCGGCACUGUUUACGAACUACACCGUCACAUUGAACGGAUCGAUCGCGUCCACCGGCUCGAUUGAUAAUCUUUUCAAAACCGAGUUUUGUCCCGUGAUCGUGGCCCAGAUCUCUUCCCUGCUAGCUUCCGGACCGUACGCUACGUUUUGCUACAAGAAGUAUUCCGACCUUUUGACGAAUCAGUUCUCCAUUACCUCGUACGAUCAGGUCGAGUGUAAGGACAUCGAGAAAACGCGCCUGUACAUGCUGCAGCAGAUGGCGGAUCUGAUCGUGCGGAUGAUUAUCUACGAUGUGGAAAAUCUAACCGAAGCGAUCAGUGUCUGCAUCAAGCUGUCGGACGGAUCCCAUUGCAUGACUUCGAUGGGCACACACUACCAAACGCUCAGCCAGACGGUACAGGGCAAGCUGGACUACCUUCAGGAAUACACGGAGCAGGAGACCGGAUUCACCCUGCAGCGCCUAAGCUUGUGCGCUACUUCAGCCAAGUACGCGCAGGUUAUUGCCGUCGAGGGCUUCAGGGUGGACAUGGCGAGCUGCGACAUUAGCGGUGCCAACGCUGUGUAG